AGCUGGAAAGUGCCGCUUCCUCGGCGGUUUCGGUUUUCGCUGCGAUUGUCCGUGGAGGCCGGGCUUGGGGGCCGCCGGGAGUGAGGGUUCUGGAUCCCGGCCGAGAGGAUUGUUAAAAUGAGUCUGCGGAAGCAAACCCCUAGUGACUUCUUAAAGCAAAUCAUCGGACGACCAGUUGUGGUAAAAUUAAAUUCUGGAGUGGAUUAUCGAGGGGUCCUGGCCUGCCUGGACGGCUACAUGAACAUCGCCCUGGAGCAGACAGAAGAGUAUGUGAAUGGACAACUGAAGAAUAAGUACGGGGACGCAUUCAUCCGAGGAAACAACGUGUUGUACAUCAGUACACAGAAGAGGCGAAUGUGAAGACCCCUGGAGAGCAGUCCUGUCCAUAGCGGGAUAUGUAUAUUUUAUGAAGUUGUCUGUUCUGUUGUUGGGUUCUUUGGUGAUAUCAUUUGUUCUGCUUUCAUAAUAGUCGGUGAUUUUUCACCGGUGACUAAGUUGAAUGUAUAACAUUGUGGAUUUAAUUGUAAAGAGUUCUUUCCAGUUGUCAGUUUCUUUUACCUCCAUUUCAGUAUCCAAAAUGCUAAAAGAAUUAAAAAAAAAAAAAAA